AAUACCCAUGGAGAUUAUCAUAACGGUAAUACUAGUGGAUUGUUGCUGGGUAACUUAACUAUAAAAUUUGGCGGCUGGAUCUCAAAUGCCAAAAAAUACAGGUUAUGGAACAUGCACCGUGGCUUGAUGCUUAGCAUCGUCGAUCCUCAUACUUAUCAUGUAUACAACCCUGCCACCAAUGAGGUUUUUGUCCUACCUAAGUCUCCUUCUCAACUUUCCAGAUAUCAACCCACUGAGCAAGUAGCCAUCAUUAAUUUUUCAGAUUGUCUUUUUUCUACUGAAUGUAAUUUCAGGGUCAUUAGUUUUUCCAAGGACACAAGAACAGAGAAAAGCAUGGUAUUGGUUGAGAUUUAUUCUUCUAACAAGCAUCAAUGGUCUGCGUCAGAGUUCCCCCUUGAAAAGGAAGUCUAUUUAGAAAGAUGGAAUGUGUCUGGUGCUGUGUUUCUGGAUAGCACCUUAUAUUUCAUGACGAACAAGAGACAUGUUGUGGCAGUUCAAUUCCAUUCGAGGGACGAAGUAAGCCUUUACUCUAUACGCCUGCCUUCUUGUAUCAAAAGGGGCUUUGUUAAAUCACAAUUGGAUGUCUCUCAAGGAUGUCUUUAUCUUUCCAACCGUAAGUUUCCGAACCUAUGGAUUUGGAAACACGAUGGAAGAUCAACAGAUUCUGAUCCUUGGAUCCCGCAGCUUAUAUUCAAGAAAUCGGGUACUUCUGUAUGCCAACCAGUUGUUGAGAAAUUUUUUCGUCAAGUUGCGAGAGAACAUAUUUCUCCAUAUAUCAUAAUCAUCCAUCCUGAGGAACCGGUUGUUUUCAUUGACGUGGAAUCAUCCAUCUUUGCAUUCCAUCUUGUUAAUGGUACUGUUGAGAAGAUUGCUGAGCGUUCUAAGGAAGAUAUUCUUUUGGUGGGUACUGCCUUCAUAUAUUCUCCAUGCUUUGCCUCAUUGAAGCGUCUAAAGCCAACAAAUCCAGAUCGUUGUGAUCAAUCUAGUUGACCGAGGAUCUUGUCUGAUACUUCUGAAGAGGACAACAAAGGCAACUGAAGAAGACUGAUGCAUGUAACUAGUAUUCCUGAUAUAGCAUUCUAGACUUGCUGGUCCAAACUAUUUUGAAGGCGCACCUUCAUUUUUUAUGAAGACAUUGAAUUAUCAUCUAAUUAUACUAUAUUUGUUCGAACUUUUUUGAUACUAUGCAUUUUUAUAUAUCCAAGACCCAUUGAGAUUGGUCUUUGUUAAUGUAAUAUAGUGGAUAUGUGAUGAUUUUUUCCUUCACAA